AAAAUCACCUCCCAGUGUUUUGGUCUUGAUUUGGUGUUCCUGCACGGAAGCCGACUGUGUGGAAAACCUGCAGCUUCACAUCUGUGAUCGGGAAUCCUGCUAUUUCCACUUCAUGUGACCGAUUGAUGCGUGACUGAAAGAUGUUUUCUGAGCCUCGGAGUCAUUCCCCGUCAUGACCUCACCGGGCCGCCCCUCCAGUUGAAUGGGAUUCCUCAUCGCCUUCCUGUCGCUCGUCUUGGCACCGACUGUCUCUGCUGCUGCUGCCGCCGCUGCUCCAAACACCCUGAUUUUAGGAUCUGUGAGCUUUUUGCUUCCUCUGAUCAGUUCAUUGAUGGUUUGAUGCGACACCAGCCUGUCUGAUCGUCAGAAGAGCGACGACGCCAAAUCUCUGGUAGCCUGCGCGUCAGGGCCUUGGCCAUGGGGGGAUCCAAGAGUAAGCCCAAGGAUGUUGGUCAGCGAACCCGCAGCCUCGAUGGCAACCUCAGCUCUGGUGGAGGGGCUGGCGGCCACCACCACAGCUCCAAUCAGCAGUCCUUAACACCCAAUCGUAGCCCUACUAUGGAUGGAGGACUGGGUGGUAAUCAGUCUAUGACCAAUAAUGCAGAGCUGGCCCUGUUUGGAGGCGUGGACAAUAACAGCGUCACCUCUCCCAACAGAAUCACACUAGCAGGAGGUGUGACGACCUUCGUGGCGUUGUAUGACUACGAGUCCAGAACGGCCUCAGACCUCUCCUUCAGGAAGGGUGAACGCCUCCAGAUAGUCAACAACACGAGGAAGGUGAACUGCAGGGAAGGCGACUGGUGGCUGGCGCGCUCCCUGACCACUGGAGAGAGCGGUUAUAUCCCCAGCAAUUAUGUGGCUCCAUCUGACUCCAUCCAGGCAGAAGAUCAUCUCAGACUGACUCUAGAGUCCAGGUGGUACUUUGGCAAAAUCACUCGCCGCGACUCGGAGAGGCUGCUGCUAAGUUUAGAGAACAGGAGGGGGACUUUCCUGGUGCGAGAGAGUGAGACCACCAAAGGUGCCUACUGUCUGUCUGUAUUGGACUAUGAUAACACCAAAGGGCUGAAUGUGAAGCACUACAAGAUCAGGAAGCUGGACAGCGGAGGCUUCUACAUCACAUCACGCACGCAGUUCAGUAACCUGCAGCAGCUUGUCAGCCACUAUCGCAAGCAUGCUGAUGGACUGUGUCACAGUCUAACAGACAUCUGUCCUGUGCUGAAGCCUCAGACUCAGGGCUUAUCCAAGGACGCCUGGGAGAUCCCAAGAGAGUCUCUCCGUCUUGACCUCAAGCUCGGGCAGGGCUGCUUUGGAGAGGUGUGGAUGGGAACAUGGAACGGUACAACACGGGUGGCUAUAAAGACUCUGAAGCCCGGCACUAUGUCCCCUGAGGCCUUCCUCCAAGAAGCUCAGGUCAUGAAGAAACUGAGACAUGAAAAGCUGGUUCAGCUCUACGCCGUGGUGUCCGAGGAGCCGAUCUACAUCGUCACAGAAUACAUGGGACAAGGUAGCUUACUGGAUUUCCUGAAAGGUGACAUGGGUAAGAUUCUCCGCCUCCCCCAGCUGGUGGACAUGGCCUCACAGAUUGCUUCAGGGAUGGCUUAUGUGGAGAGGAUGAACUAUGUGCACAGAGACCUGAGAGCUGCGAACAUCCUGGUGGGAGAUAACCUGGUUUGUAAAGUGGCUGAUUUUGGUCUGGCUCGCCUCAUUGAGGAUAAUGAGUAUACUGCCAGGCAAGGAGCCAAGUUUCCCAUCAAGUGGACGGCUCCUGAGGCUGCUCUGUACGGCCGCUUCACCAUUAAAUCUGAUGUCUGGUCAUUUGGGGUCCUGCUGACUGAACUGGCCACUAAAGGCCGAGUGCCCUAUCCAGGUAUGGUGAACCGGGAGGUGUUAGACCAGGUGGAGCGUGGCUACAGGAUGCCGUGCCCAGCAGAGUGCCCCGAAUCCCUGCAUGAGCUCAUGCUGACCUGCUGGAGAAAAGAGCCCGAGGAGAGGCCCACCUUUGAGUACCUGCAGGGCUUCCUGGAGGAUUACUUCACCUCCACGGAGCCUCAGUACCAGCCAGGAGAGAACCUGUAACUGGGCUGAACGUGUGAAACGUGCAUGCGUCAUGCAUGUGCAAAACAGAGCAUGUGCAUCUACUUCAGAGUGCAUGGACAAGUAUGUGUGAGGGUAUGUAUGUACAGUGUAACGGGGCAGAAAGCCGACUGCAUUCUGGGUACAAUCAGUAACUCUCUGACAUGGAGGAGUAUCAGUGGGACAUCAAACCAAUCAGCAACAUUCAGUUCCUGCCUCUUUCCAAAGUCAUUGUCACGCUCUCAGCUCUGAGGGGCUGUUUUUAAUUAAAAGACUAAACUGUGGUAUUAUUUUGAGUUGAUCAUACGGUACUGUGUUAUUUUUGUUUGUCAGUCAAUCAACACCCGACACACCCAAGCGGGUCUUUCUACCUUCUUUGUGUUUGAACAGCCCGAAUAAUAUACAUUCCCCAUGCACUCUUCCUGUGUUAACUCACCUGGCUGAUCUUGUUGCCAGCUUCAACACUGCAACUGACUGUGGCAUAAAAGACUGCAUACUGGUCAAACAAGGGAGGAUGAAUGUUGGAUACAAGUGUUGUCCUGCUGAAAGCAUCACUUCAGGAUGUCUAUUUUUUACUGCGUUUCCUUUGGGACACCAUUUGAAACAGUCUGUCUUCCAUUUUGCCACUUGAGAAGCAACUGUUUGGGAACGUACAAUAAUUUUGCCAGGAUAUUGUGGGUUUUAUUUUCUUAAUAGACCUGGAUCAACUGGAAUAUAUUCAGGUGAACGAUUUUAUUUUAUAGCAAUGCUUCCCCUGUGCAACAUUUCGGCUAGUUUCCCAACUGCUGUGAGAUUUAGUAGGAGACUAACACCCUUGAUUCUCGUAAGAGUGUGCAGUCUCACUCGCCGAAUUGGUUUAUCGCUGUUACCAACAUACAGCUCAACUCAAAGAAGAGAUGAGGCAGCGUCUGCCUCUCUAUUUUCUAAUUGUGACUUUUCUUACAAAAACAAAAUGGCUACUGAUCACCAACAGUCAUCUCAGGAUGGAGAAGACUAGAUUUCUGCUGCAAGGAUUUUUGUGCCAAUGAAAUUCUCUUUUGUACUCUCUUCUACUGUGUAAAAGUGUAUUUUACUACUCUACUUUUCUUACAAUGAAGUUUGAGUUGUGUAAGCAGUUCUUCUUCAUAAAGGAAUAAUCCACUGUUUUGAGAUCCUGCGCCUGUGUAGAGUACCAGCCGGCCCACCAGCAUUGGUUUCAAGGUGCUGAUUUGUUUUCAAGCGUUCAAAUUAAAAUCAGGUGAAUCUUCUUUCAUGUUUCCUCUCAGUUCUGACCUUCAUUAAAGCUGGGGUAGGCAGAAAUCUGGAAAAGGCAAAAAAAAAAAAAAAUUGAAAAUACACCCUCUUCCUGCAGCUCUCCCAUCUCUAUCCUAAGCCCCUCCAGAUGACCACGGGCAUAUGCACGCACUUUAAACAGUAACCCAGUGUUUCCAAUACUGAAUAUUGUGUAUUUACUCAGCACCUCCCUGCGCUUCUCUCUCUGUGUUUAUCAGACCACACAUGAGACAAGACAUUAGCCACCCACCGUCCCUCCGCCUUGCUGCCCGCCACUGUGGACUGUAUCCCCGGGAGGAAAACAGGCAGCAGCUCAGGAGAUGAAUCCUCGGUUGUCAGCAGUAGCUGCUCGAACAUGGCCAGGACAAACUCCCCAGUGCCAGAUGUCAUGGAGGCCUGGUGGCCAGCAGCAGGGUCUAACUUGUCAGCCAAUCUGGCGGGGAAUCGGGCUGUUCGGUCCCCUACGGAUCUGGGGUGUUUGUGCUGGCUGGAUUUGUGUUGCUGCAGCAGCUGACUGGGGACAGUCUCCAGAGCUGCUGCCAGCUUUCUUCCUGGUGAGGUGGUCUGUAGUGGCGGGGAGUGAGGCGGAGGACACACCAUGAUUCGAGGCUCUGGCUUACGUUAGCUACAUAGACAUGAAGCCACGGCUGUGAGCCUUUAGCUCUGGUUAGCAGAAGUCUAAAUUAUUAGCAACUGUCCAUUUCUGAAACACUUAGCUGAUAUUAGUUUUAGAUCUAGAAUUGCCAUCCUGCUAUAGGGGAGGCAGUCGCUUGUUUUUGUUUUUCUAAAUCAAUCACAGUCAAUCAAUUCUGUGACGGUGCCCUUGUAAAAUAGUCUCUAUGGGGAAACACACACACAGUGACAAGGUUAAUUGUUAGCAUGACAUGGCUAACAUUACUUAACACUUAUUAACAGGUUUAACAACAUAGUCGAGCUGUUUCUGUUUGUUAAACAGCUCAGAGUUGGGUGUUAGCACUGCUGCUGUGUUAGCUUGUGCUAACUGGCCGAACUCUGUAGGAAGAAAAUGGCUCCUAAAGAGUGGCAACAGAAAUUUUGCUGAUCAGGAUGGUCUGAGAUCAGAACCCUGGCUCAAAAGGAUCGCAUUCAGGUAUCAUUUGACUGUUUGAGAGUUUGAGAGGAUGUGCAAAUCAAGUCUGAUCGGCCAUGUCAGAAAACGGAGCAACAUCGGGCAAGAGUGUCCUGUGAGACAGAGUCUGGGCUUUGCAGAGGGGCAUUUGCAAGUUGUUUUAUUAGUUGUAGGCCUUUACAUCAAUUCACCAAAAGAACAAAGCAGGCAAGACUUACUGCAUGAUCCAAAUCUCCAUUAUAACUUGCCAGUUUCAGUGUGUGGGUUGAUCGCAUCAAGGUUGUUGUUUCCCGUAGCAAAGGGGAUUUUGAAAACGGUAACAGGCAGAGAGCGGAAGGGAGAAUGCCGGCCAAAAUAGUCGGCCCACGGCAGGUUUAUGGCCACAGUCUACAUUGGAUGAGUCAGACUAUGCCGAUACUAACACAUAUUUUGUUUAAUUUUAAUAGCAACUUCCUCUGCAGAAUACUCCACAAUUGAAUCAGGCUGUCCCUAAGGAGACAUGCACAUGCAUCUGCAUUUGUAGAACAGCCAAUAGGAAUGCCUUUCAGUUGCAGACGGGUAAACUGUCCAGUCAUUUCAUUUGGUCUGAAUGAAAUGACUGGACGGGCUUAUUACAAGUCUUUUUCCUGAGUUUUUCAUUUAUUGAUUGCAGUCAGGAUGUGAAGAGAAUUUUCAACAAAUAUAACAAAAAAAGCUUUUUAAAACAAGUUGCCUACCCUCGCUUGAAUAUGAAGAUUUCUAUCUUGAAUCAAAUGGUGCAUCUUUGUGCACGAUCGUACACUGGAGGUUAUGUUUCUGUGAUAAAUGAGCAUCAGAGUGAUCCUGUGCUGAGUCUGCCAACCAGUGCGCCUUCCCAUAUAAACAGCAUGUAUAGCAAAUAAAUUAGCAUCUUGAAACUUAACUGUAAAUAUCCUUUAUGCUAAUAUUUUUGUAUAUAUCAUCUUUAUAAUUUAUUCCUUUUAAAAAUAACCCAAUUGUUUAUUUUGCUUUGGCGUCAUCGUUCAAACUUUAAUGUUUAUGGUACUUUUAUGGGUUAAAUAACAUCUGACAAUAACGAUAUAAGUAUAUAUUAUAGAAACACUUUUACAUUACAAGUAUGUCUUUAUUUUUUGUGCACGUAUUUCUGUGAAACGUAUCUUGGUUGUACAUUUUCAGUCUGACAGAACUGGUGAGAUCAGCUCCAUGUCCCCUGACUCCCCACACCUCUGUCCUGCCAGAUACUGAUCCUCUACCAGCGUUACUCCUUCCCAUAAUACAAUCAAAACCACAAAUGUUUACAUCGUGAUAAUCUUCGAAUCAUUUUGGUGCUGCUUCAGAGGCUGGUUAAUGAGCAGGUAAUCAAAUGUCACUAUUGUUUGUUUUUCUGGGUACAUUGUUUGUGUGCUGCCAUCCUCUGUGCUUCCACGAUCGCUUGAUGGUUUGAUUCCAGCUUGUUUUUCAUAAAGCUCCUUAUGGUUUAAUAACUCCAUGAAGAAGAUGAUGUGACUGCCACGAAUGGGAGGAGUUUGAUGUAGCGUCUACUGUGUCCUGUGGACAUGGGUUAUGCCACAAUGAAUGCAUUGAGCUGCAUGGGUGUUGUCAGGUUGGGUGUCCACUUCCUUUUCUCGACCUGUCUCACUGAAUGCUGAUGAGCAAAAGUGCAUGAAAAAAAAGAUCAUAUUGUUUGUAUGCAGCCUUGCUUACAAGCCAAGGACAUUUCCUGUGGGGUUCUGUGGGUCCUCUUUCUGGCUAUGCAGAUAUUUUUUAAAAUCUGUGAUAUUCAUAUAUAUACUCUUUUCUACUGUAUCCAAUGGGAAUUUUCAGAUAAAUAGCUCUUUGUUAAAUCCUACUGAAUAUUGUUCAAAUUUGAAAGUACGUUUGAAUAAAAUUUGUAUAUUGCCAACCGUA